CCCGGCACGUGGAAGAUCGCCAACGUCAUCGGCCAGGGCAGCUUCGGCGCCAUCUAUUUAGGCCUCAACAUGAACACGGGCGAGCUCAUGGCCGUCAAGGAGCUGCCCAUCCGGCGCGCGCGCGACGUCGCGGAGCUCCGCCAGGAGAUCGACAUCCUGGCCACGUUGGAGCACCCGAACAUCGUCAAGUACCUCGGCGCGGAGGUCAAGGACGCCGACGACGCCGGCGGGCCCGCGCUCUACAUCAUGCUCGAGUACGUGCCCGGCGGCUCCGUGCGCCAGCUCCUGGAGGCCUUCGAGAAGUUCUCGGAAUCCGUCGUCCGCAUCUACGGGAACCAGAUCCUGAAGGGCCUCGCCUACCUCCACGACAACGCGAUCUGCCACCGCGACAUCAAGGGCGCGAACAUCCUAUUGGACGAGAAGGGGCUGGUGAAGCUCGCGGACUUUGGCGCGUCGUGCAACUACGAGCUCGACGCGUGCGCCAAGAUUUUGGUUUCGGUCCAGGCGGGCACGCCCUACUUCAUGGCGCCGGAGAUCAUGGCCAACGCGCCCUACGCGCCCGCGGCCGACGUCUGGUCCUUCGGGGGCGUCGUAUUGCAGAUGGCGACGGGCCACUUCCCCUGGCUCGAGGUGAAGCGGACGUCGACCGCGGACCUGUUCGCCUACGUGACGACGCACAACGUCGCGCCGGCCUGCCCGACGCACUUCAGCGCCGAGCUCCACGACUUCCUCGGCGCCAUCUUCGACCGCGACGCGGACCGGCGGCCCGCGGCGGCGGCGCUGCUCCGCCACGCGUUCCUG